CUUACCUACAUGUUCUUCCAAUUAACAAUUAACUUGCCCUUCUGCAUUCUUGACGUGAUUGUUUGCAGCUGACACGAGAUCAAACCUGUUAUGCCGGCAUUCUGAGAUGGGACUACAGCUGUGUCCCGGAAAUCUCUAAAGCUACAUAAAGUCUUAGUACAACCUACGCGACCUCCCCUUCUAUCACACUCUCGAGGUGGGUUUCCGGGGCGCGACCCAACCAUCCAGCUAGCGACCGGCUCGUCUUCCAUCCCUCAAAUCAUCUCUCCACCACCCACAUCAACGAGCCUUUCGCUAUGGAGCGACGCGGCUCACCGGGCCUCGGCCCUCGUAACGAUGGCGCAUCUCGAAUUCAGAAACCCGAGACCGCGGUAGACAAAGCCGCCAAACUAGCAGCCCUCAAGGCACGUGUUUCAGCCGCCAUAGGCUCUAGUAAGGCCAAGGGAGGUUUGAAUGUUGGCCUUCACCCAGCUCUUGAGGAUCUCGGCCAGUGGAAACCUGGCGGCAAGUCAGGCGAUAGCGAUUCGAAACCCUCCUUCAAGCCAUCUUCCAACCAGACCAAGCAAAAGAAAGCUCUCGACCUAUCCGGUCCCUCAGCCGAGGAGAUCAAGAGCAAUCCAUACUACGACGCGAAUCUCGGAGCCCCUACCGUGAAACCCCGGCAGUCCCGCCAACUCAUCUUCAACCAGAAGGGGAAAUACAUCCAGCAGGCCAAUGCCUUGCGUCGCCAGGCUGCUCUCGAGGCGCUGAAGAAGAAGAUCGCAGCCCAGACUCGCAAGGCCGGCAUAGACGAGGACAUUGAUGUCGAGAAGAACUUUGUAGUCGAAGCCCCUCCCGAAAUCGAGUGGUGGGAUGAGGGUCUUGUCGUUGGGGGCGAUUAUGAUCAUAUCGAUGACCCCGGCGCUGUGAAGAUCGAUACUGAGGACACCAUCAUCACGAGCUACAUUCAACAUCCCGUUGCCAUAGAGCCGCCUCAGGACCAACAUCUACCUGCACCAAAACCAAUGUACCUGACCUCGCAGGAACAGGCCAAACUACGUCGCCAACGCCGUAUGGCUGACCUGAAGGAAGAGCAGGCCAAGAUACGACUGGGAUUGGUUCCCGCACCGCCGCCCAAGAUUAAAAAGGGAAAUCUUAUGCGCGUUCUGGGAGAAGAGGCCGUGAAAGACCCUACGGCUGUGGAGGCCCGAGUCAACAAGGAAAUCGCCGACCGACACACGAAGCACGUAGAGACUAACGAAGAACGAAAGCUCACGAAGGAGCAAAAACACGAGAAACUAGCGAGAAACCAGGAGAAGGAUGUAGCCAAGGGCGUACAUAUGCUGGCAUUCAAGGUGAACAGCCUGGCCAACGGCCAGCACCGGUUCAAGAUCAGCAAGAACGCUGAGCAGCAUAACCUCAAGGGCCUGGUCAUCAUGCACCCGAAGCAGAACCUGAUCAUUGUCGAGGGCGGCGAGCACAGCAUCAGACAAUACAAGAAGCUGAUGCUCAACCGUAUCGACUGGACGGAGAAUGCGCCGCCUAGGGACAGGACCGCCCAGAAUGACGGCACAAGGGACUGGCUGAGGGCUGAGGAUGAGAAGGGAGAGUUGAAAGAUUUAGCUCUCAACAAGUGCCAGCUGUUAUUCGAGGGUGAGGUCAAGUCGCAAGCCUUCCACGCCUUUAAGUCGCGCGUGUGCGAGACGGAUGCCGAGGCCCGGCAGGCUUUAUCGAGGGCAAAGCUGGAGAGUUUCUGGAACAUGGCUAAAUCUACUACAUAAGAAUCAAUAGCGCACAGUGACCAGACGUUACACGGGUCUGCUUAUCUUCAGAAUAAAACACUUUGUAAAGAAGAAUAAAUUAAUCUGCUGUCUAC